GGAGAAGUGUGCUGAAUGCAACCAUGGUCGACAUGGACUAUGAGGUCACCAGAUUCGCCUCAGAAUGGAUGCCCCAGUUGGCGAACGGCAGUUUUCAGGACCCCCGCUUGCACCUGGUAACAGGUGAUGCCAUGCAGUACCUCCAGGAGCUUCCAAAGGACCAUACCUUUGAUGUCAUAAUCCUGGAUUUCCCAGAUGUGGCCGAUAGCCGGGCUUUGGAGAAGCUUUACAGUGUCGAUUUCUACCGCCUUUGUCGUGAACAUAUGCAUGAAAAGAGUGUUUUAGUGGCCCAGACUGGCCCCUGCACGCACAUGAACCGCGCUGGUUUUCGGGCUUCGUGCAACAUGUUGGAGCAUUUCAUUUUGCCCAGCAUCGUCAAGGUCUUCCAGGAAGUAGAUGUGUUGCUUCACCCCAUGGCAACUUGGAAAGUGGACAGGAGUAUCUCCUCAGAGUGGUCCAGCUUCACCAUGGCGAGGCUGGCCGAAUUCGAGCCGCUGGAUGUGUCCCAGGAAUCCUGGAGGAAGCACAUCGAUGGAGAGUUGAGGUACUACAGCGGAGCGCGGCAUGUGGCGGCACUUCACCAUCCAAGGCCCAUGGUGAAUCGUUUGUUGACGUUGCGUGGCAAGGCGCCCUUGCCUGGUACUUCACCGCUGCGGCAAGCUGCCGCGGAGUUGUGAGCAGAGCUGGAUUGGAUGGCGAGAAUUUCGCGGAAGUUCGCGUGUUUUCAAUAUCGCAUACCCUCUGGUAAACUAACGUAACUAUGG